UCAUCGCUGAUGCCUUGCAACAAAUGACUUCAGGGAUGACAUCAUGGAUGUCCAAGUUUUAUUCAAAGUUUCACGGCAGCAGCUAUACUUGACCAUGCAAAUAAGCAACUUUCUUUCACUCCUAUUUGCUUGAACCAUCCAGAAAAGAAAAACGCGUUCAUUUCUCCUAUAUAUAGAUGGGCAUUAUAUCAUAAGGAUGAUGACUUGAAUCCCUGGAAUCUUGAAUUCAUUCUCCCUCCGUAAUAUUCUAAAAAUUCUCCAUUCCUUCCAUUUAUUGUCUUUAGUCCUAUAACAUUACUUCUUAUUUUUCUCAAUUUUAUAAUACGUUAUCAGCACGAAACUCUGCCAUAUUCUCUACCAUAUUAGAGUCAAAAUUUAUCACCUUCUUUCAUAUUAAAUCGGAAUAUAUAUUCUUAUCGGUUUGUCCAAACCUGUACCACAAUUCUCAUAAGAAUUUGGAUUACACCACUGAGCAAUUAGUGACAAGGCUAGAUUCUGAAGGUUAUCCAGAUCUGCUCAAAGAACUGGACCUGCAGUCUGUUCGUGAAUCUUAAGGUACCAUUAUUUAAUUAUAACUUAUUGAAUUUUAUCAUGGCAAAUCUCACAAAACAAGAAUUUGUACAACUUGAUAUUUCUGGAAAACAUUAUUUAUCAUGGGCAAUGGAUGUUGAGAUCCAUCUUGAGUCCAAAGGGCUUGGAAAAACUAUUGUCCAGAAUAAUGAUGCUACAAGUCAAGACCGUGCCAAAGCCAUGAUAUUCCUCCGCCAUCAUCUUGAUGAAAGCUUGAAAACGGAAUAUCUGACAGUCAAAGAUCCACUAGAUCUGUGGAUAAGUUUAAAAGAAAGAUUCGACCACCUGAAGUUGGUCGUACUUCCAAAAGCCAGACAUAGCCGUGGCAGAGGUCGUGGACGUGGCUAUGAUAGAGGUCGUGGACGUGGCCGUGAUAGAGGUCGUGGACGUGGUCAUGGUAGAUAUAUACCUUACCACAAUAAUAAUAACCAUGACAUGAGACAGAAUAUCUCCCAGAAGCGGGACAACAACAACAAUAAAAAAUAUAAAGAAAGGAAAAAUUAUGAAGAAAAGUGCUAUCGAUGUGGCAUGGGAGGACAUUGGUCCCGUACCUGUCGUACGGCGGAUCAUCUUGUUGAACUUUAUCAAGCAUCAUUGAAAGGGAAGAAUAAAAGUAUUGAGACAAAUUUUAUUGAUCAAGGAACAUCUGCCAUUGAUCAAGGUAAUGAAUGUAAUGAUGAUAUGGAUAUGACAUCUCUUGAUAUGGCUGAUUUUAUUGUGUAUCCUGAAGAUACAAAAGGAUGAAGGUGUCAAAUGCCCAAUAUGUACUUUUAU